AUGAUGCACACUGAGCUGUUUCAGGAGACAGGUUUUGACACCCAAAAGCAUGUUCUUGCCACCACAAAGUACUAUCGACAGCGAAGCAAUUGUGCGAUCUGUCCAACUAGUGAAUCCAUUAUCGGUGCAUGGGACUGGCCAGCUCCAGAUUUCAGUUUACGUGCCUGGAAACCCAAUCCUCCAGCCCGUAAUAAUCGAAAUUCCAUUCAACCGGAGCGCUAUGCUCGACUACUCAGUGAAAAAAGUCGAGAAACUAUUCCGACCAGUCAGAAUCGUGGCAAAUCAGCUACUGAUCCCAAUAAUGGGCACAUGUCAACAGACAAAUUUGUGACCACCAUUAAUCUUGUUCGUCCGUACACUGCAAAAUGCCUAUCCGCCAAAUUCGGAACACUGCCACGAGGGACCUACAAAAUGCCGAAAUUAUAUGACCAUCGCGGAGUGAGUGUUCAAUAUAUCCGUGAAAUAUAUUUAGUGUUAAAUAUAGUUUUGCAAUUCACGUAA